GGCCUCUCUCUCUCUCUCUCCCUCUGCCCCGCAAAAGGUCAGCUCGAGUUUUCGCACUGCGUCUACCUCUCGCCGUCUCUCUUUCACACUCCAGCUGGGAGCUCGAGGUCGAGGACGAGUGUCUUUAGAGCAGAAUUCCCCCGUCGGCUUUCUUCUUCACGGUCAGUUUUAAAUUCUGAAUGAAGACACAUCCACAUCAUCAUCUAUGUCGUUGAUUAAGCGCCUAUCUCCAUCCUUUGCUUCUCGCAAUCAAGAGAACCACAGGCUUUUGAGCUCUUCUACUUCUUCUUCAGCGUUUCAUGAAGCCUUUUCUGCUACCUCGCGGUCUCUAGAUGAUAUGCACACAAAGGAUGGUGGCACCCAGGUGAAGCUACCAUCAAAGAAUCUCCCUCAAAUUGUAAAAUCAACUCUAAGACCUCUUCAACCAUCUUCUUCACCACCUCCCUCUCUUCUCUCAGACCUCAAGCUGCCCACUCCAUCUCUAGUACCAACCCUGACUCUCUCUACAACCAAUCAUGAUAAUCUGAUUAACUUUCUCAAGUCCAAACUCUCUUUCACUCUCACACCAAAGAGUCUCCUCCACUUCCUCAAGUCCAAACUCCACCCCAACCCUAAUUUGACCCUCUACGACUUUCAUAUCUUCAGUUGGGCCUCCACGAUCGACUCCUAUCGCCAUGACCACUCAACAUUUGAGUGGAUAGCUCGCACUCUUGCUGUUUCAAGCCGUUUCGAGCAACUCAAUUCGCUUCUCCAGUUCAUGGCCUCAAACCCUUGCCCUUGCUCUGAUGGAAUUUUCUCAUGCCCCAUGACGGAGCCAAUCUUUCAAUUCUCAGUCGAAGCUUAUUGCAGAGCUCGGAAACUGGAGGAAGCAAUGAUUGCUUUUGAGAGUAUGGAGAAGAUGAUUGAUGGCAGGCCGAGUGUGGUGAGUUAUAAUGCUUUGAUUCAUGGAUUUGUGAAAUGGGGCGAGCAUGCCAGGGCAUUGGGCUUCUAUGAUAGAAUGAUAAGGAACAGAGUCAAGCCUAAUGUGAUCACAUUUAAUAUCUUGAUUAGUAGUUAUUGUAGAAAUUUACAGUUUGGAUUGGCUUUGGAGUUGUUUAAGGAGAUGAAGGAGAAGGGUUGCAGCCCUGAUGUGGUAAGUUUCAAUACUUUGAUCAAAGGGUUUUUUCGGGGGAGGAAGUUUGAGGAUGCAAUCUCAAUGGUUUACGAGAUGAUCGAACUGGGGUGCCAGUUGUCGAGUGCGACUUGCGAGAUUUUGGUUGAUGGCCUCUGUAGGGAAGGUAAAGUGGCUGAAGCAUGUAAUUUGCUGAUUGGUUUUUCGAGUAAAAGAGUGUUGCCUGAGGAUUACGAUUAUUUUGGCCUUGUGGAAGCUUUGUGCGGUUCAGGCAAUUCUGAUAGAGCACUUGAUGUUGUUACUGAUCUGUGGAAGGGGGGGAAUUUUCCAAGCUUGAUUGCUUGUACUACUUUGGUGGAAGGUUUGAGGAAGCAAAAGAAAAGCGAAGAAGCACUUGCUUUGAUGGAAAAUAUGCUUAAAGAAGAUAUUGUACCAGACAUUGUGACAUUCAAUUGUUUGCUUGAGGAUCUUUCUGAUGUAGGGAAGACUGUGGAAGCAAACAAAUUGAGGUUGUUGGCACAAAUUAAGGGUUUGGAACCAGAUGGCCUGAUGUACAGGAUUCUGGUAUCUGGUUUUACGAGAGAAAAAAAGAGAAAGGAAGGCCAGAUUCUGGUAGAUGAGAUGUUAGACAAGGACUUUAUACCUGAUAUCGCAACAUACAACAAGUUGAUUGAUGGGCUUUUGAGCUCAGAACUUACUUCUAGGAAGAAAGGUUGAAGAUGGGUUAGGAUCAUCUUCAUUUCAACUUUGUUUCUCGAAUGCUGGCAUUUAUUUGCAAACCCCCUUGUGCUUUGUGCUCGGUUUGCAAAUCAGUCUUAUCACUUUGGGACAAAGCGGGUUUGUGCCUGUGUUUCAGAUGGUUGGGGACAAUGGACAGCCCGGGCGAGAGCAGAAUAGAUAAUGGUACGUGCACAAACCAAUGAGUGGAGAGGAACAGAACCUUCACAUUAAGUUGUAGGAAUCGUAAAGCCAGGAGAGCCAGAUUGUAAUGUUAAGCAACAGAUGAUGCGGACGAGUAGUACCCGGACGACAUCUAGGAGGUAUGGACCAUGGCAAUGGUGAUGAGCAUUACUCCAAGGACAUGAGAGAGUUGGAAAGUACAAGUGACUGAGAAAAGUUCAUUUGGAUCGAGUUCGUAAGUAAACGUGAUUAAUAGUGAAAUCGAUGAGCUUAUGUCUUAUAAAAGCCGCAGAAUAUCGACAUUCAAUUUUCUGUGAGAUCUCGGACUGCUAUAAA